AUGAUUCAUGUAGGGGCGUGGCUAAUACAACAUGGCCGCUCGUCUGCUGAGUUCUCUGGUCAGGCGGAGGUGAGAGGAAGUGACGUGAGAGGACCGGAGAUGGUCGUCUCCCUGUGGGCAGCGUGCGGCGCCCCCUUGCGAUGUGCGUCUGACGCGGCUGAUGGACAGGUGUACCUGGCGGAGAGCUGUGUGAGGAAGCUGCGGCAGAUGACCAGUGGCCCUGAGUUCCUGCGGCUCCAGGUGGACAGUGGCGGCUGCUCCGGAUUCCAGUAUAAGUUCUCCUUGGACACUGAAGUGGCGGCGGAGGACAGGGUGUUUGGUGGGGACGGGGCGCAGGUGGUGGUGGACGUCCAGAGUCUGCAGCUCGUGCGAGGAAGCACCAUCGAGUUCUGUGAGGAGCUGAUCCGAAGUUGUUUCCUGCUGCGGCACAACCCUCAGGCGGCACACGGCUGCUCCUGCGGAUCCUCAUUCUCCAUCAAGGUGUAAUGACAAGGACUUGGGGCCCGGGGCCCCCCACUGCCCUCUAUGCUCCACCUCCUCAUGUAAAUAAACCUGUUUAGUCU